GGGGUGUCGGGCGGCGCCGGCCCAAAAGGCGGAGUCGCGAAGCGGAGGGGCCAGAGCUGCGAGCGCGGUGCUGACUGCGCUGCCGAGAAACCCUGCGGGAACCCAGACUCGGAGGAGCCCUUCGUCCCCGCCCGGCCUGGCCAGGCCCCGCGCUAUGGAGUUCCUCUGGGCCUCUCUCUUGGGUCUGUGCUGCAGUCUGGCCGCUGCUGACCGCCACACCGUCUUCUGGAACAGUUCAAACCCCAAGUUUUGGAAUGAGGACUACACAAUACAUGUGCGGCUAGAUGACUACCUGGACAUCAUCUGUCCUCAUUACGAGGAUAACUCUGUGGCAGACGCGGCCAUGGAGCAGUACACACUGUACCUGGUGGAGCACGAGCAGUACCAGCUGUGCCAACCCCAAUCCAAGGACCACGUCCGCUGGUUCUGCAACAAUCCCAAGGCCAAGCAUGGCCCGGAGAAGCUGUCUGAGAAGUUCCACCGCUUCACAGGUUUUACCCUGAGCAAGGAUUUCAAAGAGGGACACAGCUACUACUACAUCUCCAAACCCAUGCACCACCAGGAAGACCGCUGCUUGAAGUUGAAGGUUUUCAUCGAUGGCAAAAUCACUCGCAGCCCUCAGGCCCAUGCCAAUGCACAAGAGAAGAGACUUCCAGCAGAUGACCCGGAGGUGCAGGUUCUGCACAGCAUCGGUCACAGCGCCGCCCCUCGCCUCUUCCCACUGGCCUGGGCUGUGCUGCUCCUGCCAUUCCUGCUGCUGCAAAUCCCGUGAGGGUGUGCGCCACAUCUAUUGUAAGGACUGGAGCCAGGCUGAGGAGGCAGGCGGGCCUCCCUCACCUACCUGGGGCCCCUCCCAAGGCCCCAGUCCUGGGAACCACUCCUACCACAUGCUCAAGCUGCCACCCAGCAGCCUCAAAACGGGUCGAUGUUAAGGGUUUCAACCCUAAGGAGGUCAGAAAGCCUGACAGUGCCAUUCCCACCUCCACGUCAGAGGGAUAGACAAAGAAGUGGAGACAGUCCUUUCCCCUCCAUUCCUGCCCUUAAGCCAAAGAAACAAGCUAGACGGACAUGGCCUCCUAAGAAGGGCACCGUGGGAGCCGAACUGGAUGGGGCUUGAGGUCACAAGAUGGACACUGAGCUUGGCAAAGAUGCCCCUCCCAUGGAGAGCCAGGAUGGCUCUGAAGGAAGAGCAAGAGACAGUUUCCUGCUUGGGAGCCAGGGACAGGAGAAGCAGCAUGCUUGCUUGGGUUGACCCAGCAUCUCCUCCAGGACUUGCCUCUGUGGAGCUGCCACAGGGAGGUCUGUAGUCAGACGCUGCAUCCUCUCUCAUCCUGGGACAUCACUCCGCAGAGCUGCACCAGCAGGGGGGCUGUGCCAACCUGUUCUUAAGAGUGUAACUGUAAGGGCAGUGCCCACGUGCAGUCUACGCCUAGUCUGUAGCCUGAAGGGCAGGGCCCACAAGUACGGAAUGUAUAUGAACUUGAUGUGUGUCUAUGCUGAUUUCUACAACUGGAGUUUUUUUUUUAUACAGUGUUCUUUGUCUCAAAAUAAAGGAAUGUGUUUGUUUUUUUGGA